GAGAAAAAAAAGUCCAAAUAUAAAAAUUCAGUCCGUAAUUUAAGCCCAACGGAAUUCUUAAAUUCAAUAUUUUUUUAAGAAAUGGAUAACCCAAUCCAUAGGAAACAAAAUCCGAUAUGAACUAUAUCUCAUAUAUCAAAAGUGAAUAUGAUUUGAGAAAACCAGAUUUUUCCUUCUCCUUCUUCUAAACCCCAUAUCUCUAGAAACAUUGGCUUGCAAUACCGGUUCAGCAUCUCAGUCAUCGCAGCCUAGGCUCACUCGCAGCAUCACAGGCAAGGAAUUACAGGAUGCAUGAGUGCUAACUGAUGUUGGUGAUGUUCCUAUCCAAGAACUUCGAGAUUGUGGGGUAGAUGAUCACAGAUUAAUGAAUGUCAUUGGUGAAUCUGUUAAAUUAGUGAUGGAGGAGGUUUUGCUGCUGAAGAUUAUUAAUAAUCAAAUAUGUAAAAAAGGAAUUGCAGUUGAGGUCAAUUGACACUCCCUUUUAUACAUGCUAGAGCUGUUGCUAUAAGCUGGCCAGUCGUAGUGUGAAUACAGAAAUAAAAAUUUAAAGAGAAAAGAUAUUUUGCUGCCACCCAAAUGAAUCUUUUACUCCCCAGCCUGCCGCACCAACUCUCAUUUUCCAAAUCUUUAUCAACCCCACAACACCACUUCCUGCAAAUCCCCGCCAAGAAGCCUUCAAAUGUUAGCACCAUAAUCCGCAUGGGUGGGGGUCCAAGAACCUUCCCUGGAGGGGUAUCGAAGUGGCAAUGGAAGCGCAUGCAGGCAAAGAAGGCAAAGCAGCUUCUGAAGGCGAGGCUGAGCCGUGAGAGGCAGAUAUAUGAGAUGAGGAAGAGGGCUGAGUUGAAGGCUGCAGUGUCUGAGUUGGAGAGGCCAUGGGAGGUUGUUGAGAAAGCCCCCAACUUGUUCUCUGUUGGUGCUGAUGAACAGGUUAAGGUUCUUGCUGAUAGGUUUCAGAAGCCUGGUGGGUUUGAUUUGUGGAGUGAGAAGGAUGGGCCUCAGUUGUUUGAGACCCCUGAUCAGUUGCCCUCUGCAAGGUUCUUCCCUAAAGGGGUUGUUCAUAGUGUCAAGCCUUAUAAGAAGGCUGAUGGGUAUGGGUUGGUUAAAGGCAGUGCUCUUGUGGAAGAAGAUGGAGUGACAGAGGGUGUUGAUGGGUCUAAUGAGGAAGAGUGUUCUUCUUCUUUGAGUUAUGGAAGGAAAAGAAUGCACUUUGAUGGAGGUUUGAGCGACAAGGGGAAUGUUGAUGAUGGGUCUGAGUAUGAAUCUGAUGAUGAAGAGAGUUCUUCUCCUAUGAGCUAUGGGAGAAGUGUUGAUGGUGGAAUGAGGAAAGAUGGGAAUGGAUGGCGGUUUUUGUCUGAGGAUGUUGGCUUGUCUAACAAUGGAGAUGGAGAGAGUUCUUCUGCUUUGAAUUAUGGGAGGAAUGGGGUGAGUGUUGAUGGCAAAAGGAGGAAAAAUGAGAAUAGAAGUAAGAGUUUUUCAAAGGGUGUUGAUGGGGCUGGUGAUGGAGGGCGUUCUGUUCCUUCAAGUUUUGGAAGGAACAGAGCGAGUUUUGAUGGCAUAUUGAGGGGUGAUGGGGGUGGAAGGAUGGAUUUAUCCAAUGAUAUUGAUAGGUCUGAUGGAAGAAGAUUGAGGAGGAAGGAGUAUGGAAAGAGGUUUGUCUCAAAGGAUGGUGAUGGGUCUAAUGGGUUGUAUUCAGAGGGAGUUGGUUCUGUCAGGAAACAGAGAAGGAGUAACUCCAUUGCAGGCAGAAGGGGAGGAAAAUAUACUAGCAGAACUUCAAAUUAUGCUUCACCAAGAGGUAGAGAUGCAAAUUCUGAAGUUUACGAUAUGGGUUUGCAACAAGAUGGGAGUUACGGGUUCCAGCAGAAGAAUGAGCAAUCCGACUCAACAAGUUGGUAAAACUGUCAACAGUCAACAAGUUUUGUUAUUGGCAAAAGGUUUGCUCAUGCAUGAUGACUGAUGCUUUGUCUAUGAGAGUAAAUGUCAUUUUGGAAGGCCUUUUCUAGUCAGCUUAAUUGUAUGUCUGAUCUGCAAAUGUGGCAAAUUGAAACUAGACUAGAACUAGUCAAAUGUGAUGUCAUCUUGUUAAAGUAUAUUUUGUAUAUAUUAUAUUUGAAUCUCAAAUGAAUACAUUAAAUUGCAAUUCUGU